GAUGAAUGUGUAUGGGAUAGUUCUUCGCUCCUUGGCUGUCUGAUGCACUACUUCGAAGCCAACCCUUCCCAACUCAACCUUGAUAAGCCAACCAUUCUCGCAUUAGCUUACUAUCCAGUACAUAUCAUACUUGGUGAAUGGAACCUCUACAACCAUUUAAUCAGCCGAUACUUCAAGUACUACGAGUACUCCAUGAACGAUAUCGCUCAUAGGCUCCACAACGACGAUAUCAUCGAUCUCCAGCGCUGGCGUCGUCGAAGCAAACAGAGCCAGCACAAGCUGAUCGCCCUUGCAGAGUCCAUCGACUACUGACUAGACCUGGAAUCGGACCAAAAGCGCUGGAAACUGCUUAUCAAGGACAUUCGCUAUAUGCAACGACAACUAGAACUUUACAGCCAGUCAUUUGAUCAAAUAGUCACUGUGGCAACGUCGAUGAUUCAAAUAUUGGACUCAAGACGCUCGAUUCGAGAGGCUAUCAACGCGAAGCGCUUGGCUGAUAUAGCCCUUGUGUUUGUUCCGUUAUCUUGGGUUGCGAGUUUGUUCAACAUGGG